GUUGAACAUAACGGAAAGUUUACGAAAAGAUGGUUAAAAGUGUACUAAAAUGCUUGUUCUAAAGUGAGUUCUAAAGUUUUUUUUCGGGCUUAAUAUCACACAUUUUCAUUUUGAAAGAUUUUCCGAAUUAACUCAUGGAAAUUGAAAAUUCGUCGUGUAAACUAGUGAAUAAUAGACAUUGAGUGGUACUUGAUGAUUGAGUGCUUAAGGGAUUAAAGAAAGUUUAAGAUUAAGUGCUAAAAAUUGAAAUUUAAUUUUUCAACCUUCUGGAAAUCGCCGAGAUUUACUAUAACUAUUCAAAAUGGUUGGAUAUUAAAGUGAUUGAUUGGACACAAAAUAGUAUACAUUGUAUCAAGUGCAUAUUUAAUUUGAGUGUGAACGUGUGGUGAGUUAGAAUUAAUUACAUUUCUAAAUUCUAACCUUACUUCUUCGAGAAAAGAAAAAAAGAAAAAACAAAAAAAAACAGUGUAAGUUAAAAAACGAAUUUAUUGAUUAUUGCGCAUAAAAGGGGCAUAGGACGUGCAAUAAAAAGCAUGGAAAUAUCGACUGCAGGGUCGUCAAAUUCAUAUGCUAGUGUUUUAAACCCUUCAGAUAAUCCAACAACUACAACAACCACAGCUAAACAGCAUAAUAAUCACCAUAAUAAAACUAAUAAUAAUAAUAAUAAUAGCCAUCAGCAUCAGCAACAAAAGUCCUCAUCUAAGGCAGAGAUAAACAUGAAUGAGAAUAAAGAGAAUAAGAUUCCUAGCAAAAAGAUUCAGACUGAUAAAGGUGGAAUUGCAGAUGAUAAGCAGCCCAAAGAUAACGAACAUAAUACUACUACAACAUCAGUAGCAGUCGUCGUUGCCACUGAUGGUGUAAAGGAUGAGCUUGAUGAAUCGGGAUUUGUACCAGUUGUAUCGCAUCACACAAAGAAAGACAAAAAGAGAGAACGACGAAAUGUUCAUCAAGACCAUCGUAAUCAUGAUUCAAACAAUGGAAAUAAUAGCAGCAGCAGCAACAAUAAUAAUUCUAAUAGCAACAACAAACCUCCAAAGUCAGCAUCCACUGCCAAGUCACAAGAACGUUCAGAUAAGCCACGACGUAAUAGACGUAGGAAUGCAAAAGAUAAGACAUCCACCGCUCCAGCAUCCCAAUCCAAUCAUAAUGAAUCGUCUGAUGAUAAAGCUGCUGACUCGAAUGAUGACAAAAAGCCCAAAUUCGUCGAAGCACCAUUGCCUCAAGUGAAUCCAUGGGUGGUUAAAACACUUACAUCAUCGGACGGAGACAAAAAAGAGACUUUACAGCCGAAAUUAACAAAAACUCAAACGCCAGAUGACAAUAAUAAGGAUUUAACAGCUUCAAAAGUUGUCAAACGCGGUGGAAAAACUGAUGCACAGAAUAAAUUGGUUGAUACAUCUGAUUGGCCAUCGCUGGGUAGCGAGGGUGCUGUCGGCCCAUCAAAGAAAGACUCAUCAUCAAAUGGUGAAGCAAAGGAUGGUAAAGAUGGUAAGAAAGCGACAAAUUCAAAGAAUGGAAAGCCAGGCGAGAAUGCUGAAAUAACAGCAACAACUACAACACAUUUACAGGCUGAUAAGGCAAAAGACUUGAAGGAUAUUGCUCCGGUAGUUUCUGCUAUAAAUGAAAAUGAUGCUCAAAAAUCAAAAAGUCCAGUUCCCGAAUUAUAUAAUCAUCUUCAGCAAUCGCAGCAGCAACAGAAUGUCGUAACGACAAAUACAGCAGUAGCAGCAGCAGUAUCAAAAGAUAAACAUGUGCCUAAAUCCAUCGAAGAUGGGAGUAAACGGGUAUCAAAGCCAAAAUGGGCAAGAUUAGAUGUUGAUACAAAAUCAGCAUCAGCACCUCAAUCAAAUCAAGCAUCAUCACAACAACAGAAUCGUCGUAGAAGUCCUCCGAGGCGCCGAGGUGAUGAUUAUCGUGAUUAUAGAGACGAUCGCUCAAUAAGACGAAGUGGAUCAAAUCGCGGAAAUGUCCCAUCAAAUCGCAGUGGUCCCCGUAAUACUGGUGCUCCAAAUCCAUCGGUAGCAUCAACAACAACAACAACAAAUAGUAGCAACAUCAAUAAUAAUAUUACUAAUAGCAGCAGUAGUACUAGCAGCAUGAAACCUGGACGAGGAGGUUCAACAAAUGCGUCUCGUCGUGAUAAUCCAACAUAUAUAACGCGCAGUAACAGACCAUCAUACACAGAAAGCAAAACGCCUGGAUUAAAUGGCAAUCCUAUUAAGCCCUCAGAUUCAUAUGAUGCCAAAAAACCAAAACCAUCACUGAUUGGACGGCCAAUUAUUAUUGAAGCUCCCAUUGCUCCCAUUGUGACAAAUGUUUUUGGAACUUACUAUUUUAACGGACCUGCACCUUUUACUAUUGAUACGAUUGGAAACAUUAAAGAAUCGAUAAAGAAACAGAUUGAAUAUUACUUUAGCGAAGAGAAUUUAAAUCGUGACUUCUUUUUGAGACGUAAAAUGGAUUCAGAAGGCUACUUACCCAUAACAUUAAUCGCAUCGUUUCACCGUGUUCAAGCACUCAGUUCUGACGUUGCAUUGGUCUUGUCAUCGGUAAAGGAAUCGGACAAAUUGGAAGUUUAUAAGGAUUUCAAGAUUCGCACAAAAUAUGAUCCACUGAAAUGGCCAAUGUCGAAUGUCGGAAAUGAAUUACCACCAGCUAGAUCGGAAAUUGAACAUAUUCAUCCCCCAGCGACUGCAAUUCCAGCAUUUGUACCAGUUUUAAUUCAAGCACCGCCUCCUCUUUCUGAAGUUUUGCCUAAUAUUCCACCCCCGCCAAUAAUAAGGAACUCGAGAAAGGUUGUCAACAAUAAUGAUGACAUUAAAGUACUGCCACCGCCAAUCGCUACUUCAUCCGUAGCAGCAGGAGCAACAACGACAACAACACAAAUCCAACCCUCAUCACCGCAUCUGACUAACAAUAAUAAUGAAUCGAAAUCGACGAACGUUGCAAGUGAUAACUUAAAUUUAAAUCCUGAUGUCUCAGCAUUUGUUCCGAAAAGCUCGCCAAAAAACGAGGUUGCUAACGCUGUCAUGCCUCCAACAGCCGUAGCUCAAAAGACCUCGGGGGCACAAACUAAUAAUACUAAUUCUAAUAAUAAUAAAUCGACUGAAGACGCAAACAUCUGGAAAGAGGUAAAGCGUCGCUCGAAAACGUCCCAACAGCAAAAGGAUAACGCAGCAUCAGAUCAUCAUCAAAAGCCCGAAAAAGAAGAAUUGGAUUUUCAGUUUGACGAAGAGAUUCAAUUCGAUGACGACAUCCCUCAAAGUGGCGGUCGAAUCAAUAACUUUUCCGAGUUUUCUGACGACGAGGAAUCGGACUUUGAACUAUCGGAUCGCGACAUUAAUAAAUUGCUGAUUGUUACGCAGGUUAAAAGUCGUCCGCCCAAGCAUGAAGGCUACGAUCGCACAGGUGAUUGGUCAACUCGUGUUAAAAUUAGUCAAGAUUUGGAGCAAGUCAUCAAUGAUGGUUUGCAUAACUAUGAAGAAGAUUUAUCAGUUGAUAGACCGACCCAUAAGUCGGUUAAUGUUAUUACACAAGAGGAAUUUGAAAAGAUUAUACCGAGAGCACCUAAAAUAAUAAAUCCAGAAGUUCCGCCAGCACCGCCGACGACUUUAGACGAAAAGGAAUUGAAUCGACGAUUGACGACUUUAUCACAUGGAAAACGGACGAAAUUCUUUGCUGUUAAUAAGACAGACACAGAUUUAGAUCCACGUACGCCGAGAAAACGUAAAACAAGACAUUCACUUAAUCCACCCGUUGAAGGACACGUUGGAUGGGUUUUGGACAGUGUUGAGCACCGUCCACGUACAUCAAGUAUCGGCAGUUCAGCAGGCACAAGUCCAAGUACAAGUUAUGGUUCGGUGCCGCAAAGUUUACCAGCAUUUCAGCAUCCAUCACAUUCGCUUUUACGUGAAAACAACUUUACUCAACAGGCAUAUCACAAAUUUCGUAGUCGUUGCCUAAAAGAACGCAAACGUCUUGGACCCGGUCAAUCGCAGGAAAUGAAUACACUCUUUCGUUUUUGGUCAUUCUUUUUGCGCGAGAAUUUCAACAAGACGAUCUACGAUGAAUUCAGAAAAGUUUCGGUCGAAGACGCUGCACUCGGCUUUCGUUAUGGUCUUGAAUGUCUCUUUCGUUUCUAUUCGUAUGGUUUAGAGAAGAAGUUUAGAGCACAGGUGUAUGAGGACUUUCAAACUGAAACAAUGAAUGAUUUUGAAAGCGGUCAACUGUAUGGGUUAGAGAAAUUCUGGGCAUUCAUGAAAUAUUACAAAAACGCAGAUCAAUUAGAAGUUGGUGAUAAAUUGUGUGGCUAUUUAAGUAAAUUUAAAACAAUUGAUGACUUUCGCGUUGAUGAACCGGACGAAAAUUACGUUCAAAGUGGUGCAGGAUCGCUAAAGCAGUCACAACAGGGUGGCAAUAAAAAGCGUCACCGUACAUCAUCAGACACAAAUGAUAUAACAACAACGACGACAGCAACUGCCCAGAACGAUGCUACAAACUAAAUUGAAUUGAACUACUAAUAAAAACAAUUUGAUUGACACCAGCUUCUGUUCACGAUGUUUUUUAGAUGUAAUUGUGUUUAAGGAUUCUUUUUUUUUUUUGAUUGAUGAAUUGAUUUUUUUCAAAAUACUUCUUUUGCAAUUCUCAAAAUUUAUGAGAAUUUAUUAUCUUGUCGAAAUGAUAAAGAAAUGAUGAUUUAUCUAAUUAAACCCCCGAAAAAAAAAAAACAAUUAAACUAAAACGUUAAAAUAAUAUCAAAUAUUUCACAUUUUCUUGUUCUUCAGUUUUAGAGCUUUUUUUUUUAAACAUAAAUCUUUCUUUCUAAGGCAUCAAAUAUUAUUAUUAUCAUUUUCUGCCACCUCCCACAAACACAACCCCUCCCCCUUCAAAAAUAAGAUAAUUAUUAAACAAACAAAAAAAAAAUGAAAAAAAGUUUAAAAUAACAAAAAAAACAACACAACUAUAAUAAUUAUGUUCUUACUUUAUACCUUUAUAUCCAAAAUUACUUCUUAUUCAACUUUUUUUUGUUUCUUCGUGAAGGAAAAAAGUUUAUGAUUUUUUGUUCUCUUGCUUUCUUUUUUUUGAUUAGUUAUUAUUAAACAUAUAUUUGUCAAGAUUUACAUAUUAAGGUGAUGCUGAUUAACAAGUUUAAUUGAAAAAAUACAUAAAACAACACAAAAAAAUUAAUGAAAUGAUGAAAAAAAUGAACUUUCUAUAUGUAAUAAUCUUGAUAUAUACUUCAUUUAAUUUCUUCUUUUUUUAGUAUCGAUUUACCAGAAUGUUGUUAUUAAUUAAUUAAAAUUAAUAUUAAAAAAAUAAUUGAUGAAACAUUAAAAUAGAAGAACGAAUACGCGUUUUUCACAAAUUUAUUCUUGAGAAAUACACAGAGAGAGUAAACAAUAAAAUUUAAG